AUGGCUCCUGGGAGCAUUGCCUCCAGUGACACCUCCACCUCUUCAGCAUCCUUGUCCUCCGCAGUGGGGUCAUCUGGGCUGUCUGAGUCUGAAAAGCCAGGCCCGAGCCAUAGUGGCAUCCGAGGGCCACGCCGUCACCCUCCCGUGCUGCGCAUGGUUCUGGAGGCGCUGCAGGCCGGAGAGCAGCGCCGGGGCACCUCGGUGGCGGCCAUCAAGGUUUACAUCCUGCAGAAGUACCCAACGGUGGAUGUCCUCCGGCUCAAGUACCUGCUGAAGCAGGCCCUGGCCACCGGCAUGCACCGUGGCCUCCUGGUCAGGCCCACCAACUCCAAGGCCAGGGGGGCCACUGGCAGCUUCAAAUUAGUUCCCAAGCACAAAAGGAAAGCCCAAUCUAGGAAGACAUCCGCCAUGACAGCCCCCAGGAAACCUGGUGAGGCCAAGGAGAAGGGUCCCAAAAAACCAAGGGAGGCAAAGAAGGACCCUCCCAACCCAGGCGAGGUGAAAAGGGGACCCAAGAAGCCAAGAGAGGCGAGGACAGGUCCUACCAAACUGGAUGCAGCCAAGGAGAAGGCUCCCAAGAAGGGCAGCCAGACCAAAGACCAAGAGGCAAGACUGAGUGAGGCCAAGAAGGCCUCCCAACAGCCAGACAAGGCCACGCAGAACCUUCCCAGUGCCACUGGCCCAAGAGGAAAGUCAAAGGUCAAAGGCAGAAGGAGCAACCAAGAUGGUGAGGCCCACAGGAAAACAAAAGCUGGGAGUCAGAAUUCAAAAUCAACGGUCCCCAAGGACAAGAAUAGUGCUGCUUCUCCAGCCAAAAAGAAAGAAAACAAGGUCCUUAAAGAAGUUGUUGCCUGUGGGGCCAAGGUGGGGCCCAAAGCCAAGGCCACUGCUCCUCCUAGGGCCAGUGGGUCUAAGACAGUGUCUGCACCCCUGGCCAGGAAGACGGGGGCCCCCAAGGGCCCGAGAAAGCCCGGCAUGCCCACCAAGGCCUCGUCGUCCAAACUGGCCAGUAAGAAAACAGAAGCUGAAAGCUAG